CUCCGAGUGCCUCUCUCCCUUAUCACCAAUUGCAACGUAAGUACAAUGUAGUGUUUUGUCCCUGCACUCGUUUACUCCUGCAGUACAAUGCUACAGAUAAAGAUACUUGACGCGCCAGGGAGUCGGUCUGACUGGGUUCUUGCAUCCGCAAGAACACCGCCAUAUCCUCAAGGCGCAGAUGUAAUGCAAUGCAGAUCCUAAAAUAGCAAAUGUUUUGGGGAGCAAUGGUAGAAAGGAAGCAGAAAUUCUCCUGUUUCUUCAAAGUGCCUAAAGAUAUUUUCAAUUCGUAGACCCUCCGUCAUAGGGUUUCUACCCAUCGCUGCAAUUUGGAUAUGCAGCAACUUCGGCUGCCGCUGGAAUGCUGCAGAACGGAAUUGCUAUGACAGCAUUGAUCUAGCGGUGGUUGGCUGCUAGCUGUGGAGUGUUGAAGGAAGAUGUCUUGCGGGCCAACGUGUGGUUAUCAUGGUGUCCUGCCCAGAUCCAGCAAACAUCUUCCUAACUAUUCUAGCCAAGCUACGCUGGGGACCUGCGUUUGUGAGCAGCUCAAGUGCUGCACAGAGUUCAGAAUCCACUGCAGGAGGUGUUCUGUCUCCCAUCUUGAAGAGCAGCAUCUCUGGGUCAUACGAGGUUUCCCCUACCAGUAAUUAUCAAGACUUGUCUUCGGGAAGCCCGCAAGACAAUGCAGCAGGUUCAGUCCAGAUGCUUACCAAUCACCGUGACUUGAAGCCACUACUGAAACGCACUCCAGGCAAUCACGGCCAUUGUCCCAAGACAAACUUCAGGAUACUCCGGGAAUGCUUUGGCGAGGCCACUGUCUUUCUGGUGGACACAUCCCCGAAUGUGACGGACGCUUUCCUUGUGGCAGCUGGCAACGCCAUGAUGGAGUUUGUGACAACAGCAUCACGCACCACUGCUGGCAGUAUUGCAGUGAUGGCGUAUGGAGCAGCUCGCAGUUACUCUGGCCAGGCGCAAAUGAUCUUCAACAACGAACCCAGGACUUCGAAGGGCAAGCGCCUCCUGAGAAAGCGUAUCAAAAGUAUCGCACGAAGGCCAUCGAUCUCUGAUGCUCCUGAUUUGCCCAGUGCAAUCAGGCUGACUGACCAACUGCAAAGCAAGUCACAAAUUUGGCACGACAUCAUAGUGAUGAAUCCAAACGGUAUCAGAUAUAUCACACCAUCUGGACAUACAUAUCAAAACCUGGAAUUGCCGUUCCCCUCUUCUUCUCAAGCAUCUCCAUGUUCCAACGAGAGCACCACCAAGUCUUCAAAGGAUUGCCUGGCCUAUCUUCGUGACAGUCUCUUUACUCACUACCUGUGGAAGCCGAGAAGUAUCUUUGAAGACAAUGUCAUGUUGUGCACGCAAGAUCUGCCCUACAUGAUGCUUCCUGCCCAAUGGCCCAGACAAACUCAAACAUGUGCUGGAUCUCUGAGCAACAGCACCAGUGCUUCAUCCACCUCGUGGUGCCUCAAUGUGAAGAUUCACAAACUGCACGCUCAGAAGGUGAGGCGUUUCCAGAGCGAUGGCCAGAACUUCACCCUGACUUUGCACAUCAGGUCAAGCUCAGUGCAGCAGACCGUGAACUUUGAACAACACUCCAGCAGGUUUCUUGAAGCGGUUGUGACGGUUCCAAUCACACCAGGAAUCCAGUUAGCAGAGCACGGAGUAGUGCACUUCAGCAUAUCAACCACCUUGCCAGACAACAGUGCAGAGCAGUCUCUCGCUGUCACUGCCACAGCCCGUUUGGUUUGUGGACACACGCCGUGUACUGCUUAGGCCGGUUAGAGCAGCUCGCGCUGAACAACCAAGUCUA